CCCGGGUCCUUGGUAGCAGCAGGUGAUCGCUGGGAGAGCCCCGCCCCCUCCAGUAGGAGUGACAAUCUGGUUUGAUUACUACUGAAGCUUCUCAGCUCGCCUGUUCAGACUGUACAUGUGCUUCUCCUGAGACUAUCCCGACAUUGGAUAUUUUCAGUAUCAUGCCGAGCAGGAUGGGGUCCAAAAUGGAUUUAUCAAAAGACUUCAUCAAAAUGAAGGCACACUACAAUGGCGAUAUUCUGAUCACUCGGCUAGGAGCAUCAAUGAGUUACGAUGAGCUGUGUGAGGAAGUGAGAGAGAUGUGCCGCCUACGCCAGGAGCAGCCCAUCACAUUGAAGUGGAUUGAUGAUGAAGGCGAUCCUUGUACUAUUUCCUCCCAGAUGGAACUAGAAGAAGCUUUCCGUCUAUAUACUACAUACAAGGAGGAGGGCCUCAGCAUUCAUGUGUUUCCCAGCAUCCCUGAAAAGCCAGGCAUGCCCUGCCCAGGGGAAGACAAAUCCAUCUACCGUCGAGGGGCCAGAAGAUGGAGGAAGCUCUACCGAGUGAAUGGGCAUCUGUUUCAAGCCAAACGCUUUAACAGAAAAGCCUACUGUGGCCAGUGCAGUGAAAGGAUAUGGGGCCUUGGCAGGCAAGGCUACAAGUGUAUCAACUGCAAACUACUUGUCCAUAAACGCUGUCACAUACUUGUCCCACUGACCUGCAAGAAGCAUAUGGAUCCGGGCAUGCCUUUCCAGGAGCCCCGCGUAGAUGACAAAAGCGAAGAGGGCGAUAUCCACCAUGAUGAAACAGAUCAAAUUAGUAUUAUGCACCGAAAAAUUGAGACACGAAAAGAUGGCUCUGAGGACAUCAAACCUGUCAUCGAUGGAUUGGAUGGUAUUAAAAUCUCCCAGGGUCUGGGCCUGCAGGACUUCGACCUCAUCCGGGUAAUCGGAAGAGGAAGCUACGCCAAAGUCCUUUUGGUGCGAUUAAAAAAGAACGACCAGGUGUAUGCCAUGAAGGUGGUGAAAAAGGAGCUGGUGCAUGACGAAGAGGAUAUCGACUGGGUGCAGACAGAGAAGCACGUGUUUGAGCAGGCUUCUAAUAAUCCAUUUCUAGUCGGUUUACACUCCUGCUUCCAGACGCCAAGCCGGUUAUUUUUGGUAAUAGAAUAUGUCAAUGGAGGUGACCUCAUGUUUCAUAUGCAAAGACAAAGAAAACUUCCUGAAGAACACGCCAGGUUUUAUGCUGCUGAAAUCUGUAUUGCUCUAAAUUUCUUACAUGAACGGGGAAUCAUCUACAGAGACCUGAAGCUGGACAAUGUUCUGCUGGAUGCAGAGGGUCACAUCAAACUGACAGAUUAUGGCAUGUGUAAGGAGGGUCUGGGGCCAGGGGACACAACUAGCACUUUCUGUGGAACGCCAAAUUACAUUGCUCCUGAAAUUCUCCGUGGAGAAGAGUAUGGCUUCAGUGUGGACUGGUGGGCUCUCGGGGUCCUCAUGUUUGAGAUGAUGGCCGGUAGAUCCCCAUUUGAUAUCAUUACAGACAAUCCAGACAUGAACACUGAAGAUUAUCUUUUUCAAGUUAUCCUAGAGAAGCCAAUUCGGAUCCCAAGGUUCCUGUCUGUUAAAGCCUCCCAUGUAUUAAAAGGGUUUUUAAACAAGGAUCCAAAAGACAGACUGGGAUGCCAGCUACAGACGGGAUUUGCUGAUAUCAAGUCACACACCUUUUUCCGCAGCAUAGACUGGGAUACGCUGGAGAAGAAGCAGGUGGUUCCACCCUUCAAGCCCCAGAUCGCAGAUGAUUACGGUUUGGACAACUUUGACACACAGUUUACCAGUGAGCCCGUGCAACUUACACCAGACGAUGAAGAUGUCAUUAAACGAAUAGACCAAUCAGAGUUCGAAGGAUUUGAAUACAUUAACCCGUUGUUGCUGUCAACGGAAGAGACAGUAUGAAGGACCGCAAUGUCUAUGAAGAAUAAAAACAA